UAAGAAACGAACGCGCUCUGAUAGCAGGAAUAAAGCUUGCUUCUUUCUUUUUUAUCUUCGUUUCUAAGCAACUAUUACUAGUUAGUAGUUACUAGUACUAGUAGUACACUCUUUCUACACACACAGAAGAAGAAGGAAGAAGAAGAGAAGAGAUAGCACAGCAGACGAUGGGUUUGUCUUCCACUUCCACUUCUACGGCUCUUCUUCUUCUUCUUCUCUUCCCUCUGUUUGCCACUCUCGAAGGUGUUGAUCUAUCAAUAAAAAACCAAUCCAUAGUUGUCACCCCAUCCCCUCUUCCGGGGCAUUCAGCUUCCCGUGGCUCUAAAGAUGUUUUAUUGUGUGAACGCGUUCAAGUUUCUGGUAUAUCAAGAUUGAAACUUGGUAGUUAUGCCAGAACUUUUCGGGUUACCUUCUCUCCAUCUCUAGAAAUCCCAGAGAGAUUGCAUAGCAAAAUUCAGGUUUGUUUUCACAAAAAUAAUUCACUUGGCUUAUGCCAGUGUAAAAAUGACGAGUGGAAAUCUAUUAAGGAGUUAGGGAGCUCAGUCAUGUCGCCUUAUGAUGAUAGAUAUAUUGAUGUGAAGUUCAUUGGUGAAGUAUCGGGUUAUGUCACAAUUGCUAUUGUAGAAGAUUUUCAGAGAUGGCGCCUUGUGUGUCUAGCAUUUGGGUUUGUUUUACUACUUUUGGCACCCAUCGUCAGCAAUUGGGUUCCUUUUUAUUAUAGUAGUUCCAUGGCUAUUGGAGUUUUCCUUGUCAUUAUCAUCCUUCUAUUUCAGGGAAUGAAAUUGCUGCCAACUGGUAGGAAAAAUUUCUUCUAUCUUACUAUGUAUGGAUCAGUGCUUGGGGCUGGAUCUUUUCUUAUGCAUCACUUUUCAGUGCUGGUAAAUUCAAUUCUUAUCAAUUUUGGACUCAGUGAAGAGAUGCACAAUCCAGUCUCUUUAUUUGUGCUAGUUGGAAUUGUCCUUGCUGGAGCUGCUUUAGGAUACUGGAUUGUGAGGAAAUUUGUUAUCUCACAAGACGGAGGUGUGGAUGUUGGGAUCGCCCAGUUUGUUAAAUGGGCAAUGCGCAUCAUUGGAACAACCUCUAUUUUACAGAGCUCUCUUGAUACUCCUUUAGCUCUGGUGACCUUGGCUUCUUGUUGGGCUACCUGCAAUCUUAUCUUUUCUAUGAAGUGGCCUGGUUUAAUGCAUCAAUCAUAUUCUGGGAAUGGGAGUCCUUGGUUGAAGCUGGGGAGGCAGACAACAGGAAAGCACAAUCGUGCUGAAUUCCUUAGCAGGUCAAGCCCUCAAGGGAAGAUGUGGAAUAGCCCAAAGAAGCCAUCUGCUUGGUCUAACUCUCCCAUUAGAGGUGUUGUAUCGCCAUCUUCUGUAGCAAAGAAUCAGCAAGAAUACUAUUCAACUUUUCACUCGAUGCAGAACCGAAAGAAGUUUACGAAGAAAGAGUGGGAUGAUUUCACACGCGAAUCAACUCAGCAAGCUAUGGCUGAAUGGGCAUCAUCCCCUGAAUUUGCAGAUUGGAUGAUUGAUAAUGCUGAUCGAAUACAACUACUUCCAAGUGAGAGUUCAGAUGAAACCAUGGGAAGUGGAUCAGAUUCUACAAAUGAAAAUGUUGUAGGGAGUCGCAGGCAGUUUAGUUUUUUUAACUGGUAGUGAACGGGACAAAAAACCAGUCAAGUUUGCACCUCUUUGCUGUUGGCUAGGAUGUCUCUGGUGCUAGCGGGUAGUGGUAGUAAUAGGUGACUAGAGUAGAAGAUUUUCUAAUUGGUGGUGCUUCCUUCAAGCAAACAUGUUGGAUUGGUAGAAAUUAGGAGGUAUAGAUUUAGGAAUUGCAGUUUAGUUUGUUGCACCAUUCAGCAACGAGGGUGAAAAUUUGUUUCUACAAAGUUUGCUAAAAUUGUUUUUAACCACAUGACGGAUGUUGUGUUCUAAUGCUUCUUGUUACCACAUUUUGGUUUAAUCCGUGCCCAAUGUAUAACUUUCUUCUGUUAAUAGCAUGAAAUGAAUAACAAAUUAUAACAGCUGUAAAGAUUGAACCCAUCUUAGUAACGGGAUUUUGAUUUAA